CAACACAACCACCAACAUGGAAGGACCAAAACAGUCAGAAAACCUUCACGAAACUCAAGAUACCAAGAAACCAAGGAAACGAAUGAAAGCUAUUCUGACUAAAAUCAGGGGACAGAUGGAGUUUUAUUUUAGUGAUGCAAACCUGCAGAAAGACAGGUUCUUGAAGCGAAAAAUGGAUGAAAGUGAUGACAAACUUAUAGAUCUGGAAAUCUUCCUGACCUUCAACCGUAUUUUGGCCCUGACCACAGAGAUGGAUGUCCUGCGUAAGGCGUUGUCUAAGUCAACAUUUCUUCAGUUAAAUGAAGCAAAGACCAAGGUUAAAAGAACUAUUCCUUUCAAAGAAGCCAAAGACGUGGAUGACAGAACUGUGUAUGUGGAAUGUUUGCCAUUAGGAGUUGAUCACGACUGGUUGAAGAUGGUGUUCUCGUCCUGUGGAAAAGUUCUUUAUGUUAGUCUUCCUAAAUAUCAGUCCUCGGGAGACCCAAAAGGGUUUGCCUUUGUUGAGUUUGACACGGUGGAAAGUGCUCAGAAAGCUUGCAGUCUUCUGAACAACCCACCUGCAUAUGCUGGAGACCAAGCUGGGCGAUUUCCUAAAACUAGCAAAACAUUAACACACUUAGAAAAACAGCUGCCAGAGUUAGAAGAUCAGGCUGGUGAUAAAAUCUCAGAGCAAACUGAAGGGGGUGAAUUUCUAAAGACAGAUGAGAUCAAAGCCACAGAUACACCAGCAGUAAAACCUAGUAAAAAGCAGAGAAAAAGACAGCGACAAUUGAGUGAGUGUAGCACAGAGAGUAGUGAAGACUGUUCUGUGAAGAAAAAACAGAAAGUCACAGAGGUUCCAGAAACAGUAGUGAAACUUGAGGGGGAAACUCAGGUAAAAGACACAGGUGAACAGGUAAAAGAACCAAGAGCAAAACGAAAACGUCACGAAACAGAUGAGGGCCAAGAGGCUGCUGCUAAGGUAAAAGAGGGUUCUGAAGGUGAUGGUAAACAGAAAACAGAGAAGAGAAAGACACAAGACACAAGUUUGGAUCAGCCACCACCAUGCAAAGAAUCAAGACAAGAUUUAACAAACGAGGAGUCAAAGAAAUCAAGAAAGAAAAAAAAUAGAACAAGAAAACGAAGAAAUACAGAAAAAGAAGUUCCAGAACUAAGAGUUAUUCCAAAGCACCAAUGGUUGGCACUACGGAGUGAUUACAUAUCCCUUCAGAAAACAAACAUGGCUAAACUAAAACAGGAUCUGAAGUCAUUGAAAGCUAAACAAGAAGCUGAGAAGCAAAAAUCAUCGAAUGAACAGCAGACUAAGCUCCCCAAAACUGAGCUAGUGUUUGUUCCUGAUGUGAUCCUGGAUGUGAAGUCUGAGAACCCUCUAAAGAGAACAAAACUGCGAGAUCAGCUAGCUAAGUAUGGAGAAAUUGCUUACUUAGAUGUGAAGGAUGGAAUGACCUGUGGGCGUAUCCGAUGCACAUCAGCAGAAAGUGCCAGUAAAAUACGAGACGCUCCUGUGGAAGGAUGUAUAUUUAAACUGCUUCAAGGUGAAGAAGAAACACAGUACUGGGAGAAAUUGAAAUCUGAUAGACUUAGCAAGUUCAACCAACAGAAUAAGACAAAGAAGAGAGGUGCAGACAAGCUGAUUGAGAGAGCAGAACGAGUCCAGGCUAAUGUCAUACAGGGAAAACACAUCAUUUUCGCAGAUGAAUAAAUCUGGAGGGUAUGAGAAAGUGAUGUUGAACAUUAAAAGUUCUAUUGUAAAUAUACUUAAUUUACAGAUAAUGUCAAGGAAUGAGACAUUAUUCCUGUAAGUAAAGUGAUGGUGACAUCGUCUUUCUAUGACAGGCUUUGUGUUGGAUUA